AUGUUCCUGCCCUCCCAAGCACCGGUCUCCGUUUUGGAUGCACCGUGCCAGAUCACGGUCGAAUUUACAGACUACGCCAGCUACCAGCAUCAUCAGCUGCGGCAACAGCAGUACCGGGAACAGCUCGAACAGCAACAAUUACAGCAAGAGCAACAACAGAGACACCAACAACAGCAGGACCAAUACCAAGACCAAUUGCUGCGACAGCAACAGGAGAAAGAACAGCAGCAGCAACAACAAGGACUGGAUUAUCAACAGCCAUUCACGCAACAGUCGACGCCCUAUCCAUCCCAGUUUCAGCAGCUGCCGCAGCAGCUCCCUCCUGACCAACGCCUGUUGGUUUACCAACAACAGCAGCAACAACAGCAGCACCAGCAGCAACGCCAGCAGCAACGCCAGCAGCAACGCCAGCAGCAACGCCAGCAGCAACAGCGCCUGCCGCAUGAGCAGCUAUCCGCGAUUCGCACCGGCCCCCGAGGGGACGCUUCUGCUGAUAGGGGAAGGAACGAAGGGUCUGCGGCGGCAUUAAUCGACUUCUCCAACCACGGAAGCAACAGCAACACGGCUGCGCUCCCCGUAUCUCCUAUUCCUGCCAUUCCGGGCGGCCCUGGGUACGGGGGCAGUGGUGCGGGCUCGCAUGGAGCAGUAUUUGCGCGCCGCGGACAGCCAGGCAGUGCUCUGGGAACAGCACGAGCAGAAGCAGGCCUGUCCACCUAUGCUGGCAAUUCGCUCGACACCAAUAUCCAAAUAAAGGACGAGGAGCACCGGCGCCAAAUUUCGCAUGGACUCCAACACUUUCCCACGGCUGGAUCUCCUCCUGCUCCUUCCCCAUCGCCCGCUUCUAAUGGCACUGCGUAUUUCCCUGUGGCCCCGCCGCCAGCACUAGCGCCCACGCCAACAGCGCCUCUGACAGCUACAACGACAGCCAUCCCCGCCGUAGCGCCCGCCGCCGUCGACCCUACUGCUUUCGUCACUUCCACAGCUGGCAGUCAGCUCACUAAUUCGGGCGUCCCCACUUUUUUCCCGCCCGCUCCUCCCCCGCCAACUUCAGCUCGCACCAGCGCUCCUGCCGCCGCUGUUGGCACUGGUGCGUCCACGACCACCACUGCCUCCUCUACUCUUUCGUCAUCGCCCGUUGCUCGACAGCUUCACCUCCGACGCCAGCAUCAUCCCAACAACAAUCACCUUGCUCCUCACCACGGUCAUCACGCUGCCCACCACCAAAAGCAUCACCAGCACUUGCAGCAGCAGAUCCAGCGGCGACGCUUGUACAAGGCACAAGCGACCCCGGGCCACCCUAGUGCUUAUACAAACAUUACUUCGAACAGCACCGCUCAUCCUCUUCCUCCGCAUCACACGCUCCAGCAACUUCUGCCACAGCAGCAAGAGCUCGGCCACGCCGGAUACCCGUCACACCCGCUAACCGCCAUGGCCGAAAAUCCACAGGCGACGGCCACCGGCGACCAGGCCGCUAUCGACGCCGAGAUUGCCGCGCAGGAGGCGGCUGCCCGAGAUUACCACCCCGAUUUGAAUGGUCCCGGUAUCAACGAAAUUCGAUCAACAGAAGAGAUCAAGGACCACUAUGCCAGUGCCGACCACAUUUUCGUGCAAAAGACAGUCAAUCUGCCCCGAGCAUACCCCCUCUAUCGAGCUGUUCGUGGUGACGGCAAUUGUGGAUGGCGAGCCAUUGGUUUCUGCUAUUUCGAGGCCCUAAUCUACAACGGCAACACUCAACUUAUCAGCGACGAGAAAAAGCGCCUUCUCGAGCUCAAUGACUAUAUCCGCGAUGUGGGAGGCUACGAUCCGUAUGUCUACGAAGACAUGGUUGAAGAGACGGAUAUUCUCUUCGAUGGUAUUCUGAAAGCGCUGCCGGACACGGAACAGGCGAUACGCAUCCUGACAGAUGCAUUCAACGACGACGGUGCGGGCAAUGCGAUUAUCUACCAUCUCCGUCUCCUCACGGCCUCUUACCUAAAGGGCAAUGUGGGCGUGUAUGAAGGGUUUAUUGCCCACGAUGGCGGUGUCAUUGGUUACUGCCAGGAGUGGAUUGAACGCCCCAACUGUGAAAUCGACCACCUGCGGGUAGAGGUCCUGGCUAGCAUUCUGCUGAAGCCCGGCGACAUUGUCCUGGAGAUUGCGUACCUCGACCGCAGCAAUGGUAGCACCGUAUCUGUGUAUAAGUUUCCCGACACGAACAUUGGACGUGCAGAGGACACCAUCGCAAUGCGCAUGUCGCUGCUCUUCCGCCCAGACCACUACGACAUUCUGUACCGCCCGUCACUGCCAUCCAAGACCGUCGCCGAAUCGGUGCUCCUCCGUUUCCUCCCUGCUGACGCUGCCAUGGCUGCCUUGGCACCCGCUCCUGACACGGCCCCAAGCGUAGCUACAGUGGGACAACCAGUAGCAUCAGACCCGUCGAACCCGUUGGUUGAGCCAUAUUUGCCGUCGGAUUCUUUGGCGGCCGAGAUUGUGGCACAAACGUACCCGGUGGCUCCAAGAUACUAUGAGCGCAUUGCCCAGCCGUCUGGAACGCCGUCGAUUCGCGAGGACACACCUGAUCUGACCCCCGGCUCAUCGACGAACUCGCCCGCCACAUUCCCUGUGAAAGAGGAGCCGAUAACUCCGGCGUAUGCAUCCCCUGUCCCUCCGCCCUCGGCUUCGCAGCAGACGACAAUGCGGCGUGAUCUCGGGGCCCCGACCGAUAGCUCGUCAGCGAUAACUCCGACCGCCCCUACACCCUCUGCGCGCAGUGACGCCGAUCCUCCGUCCGCACCGGCACCACCCACGGCCAGGCAAUCCCCAAAUGACGUCGAAAUUCACCAUGUAGCACAUGUAUCCUAUGGAAGCGCUGUACAAAGCGCAGGUAGCUUUGGCAACUACCAGGGUGCCGAUUUCCAGAUCCUGUCUCGGCUCCCUGGACUAUUCAACACAGUUUCGGCACAACCGGCGUCGUCGCCUUUUGGUAUGGGCCAAAGGUCGUCGUGGGGUGCGCCCGGACCAUCUCGAUCGGGACUGGCAAAGGGCGUUCCGCCUUUCCCAGCCUCCCCGUCAGAGACAUCCGUGCCGCCGACGAGCGGAUUAGCUGAUCUUCCGAAAUCGGCCAUGGCGGGCCCUGCCAUGCCCGCGUCCCCCGCAGCAUCUGUGAUCCCGGGCACGCCCAUGUCAGCCAUUUCUUCCGGUCUGUCGGACUCCUACUCGGACCCGGCGUUUAGUGUGGCCGGGACACCGGUACCUCUCAUGGACGCCCCGACGCCGGUACCGUCAACGCAGAUGGGAUAUAGUGGAGCAUGCGGCGGCGACAUUGGCAGAGCCACUGGCAGCAACGGAGGCGGCGGUGGCGGCGGUGCAGGACGAGCAGGGAACGCCGCAUCCGUAUUUCUUCCGGAACCUACGUCCACACCGGUACGCUUCACUAAGUGGCACUUCAACCGCCUACCGCACGAUGCGACAGACCCAAACUCGAGCCUGUUCCGCAACUCCCGCGUCAGCACGGCGCACUUUGACAAUCCGGACUUCCAGCCGCAGGAGUAUGAUCCCUCUGGUGGAGGCACCGAUGUUCCAAACCGCAGUCGACGAAAGAGCAGCGUUUUGCGUGAAGACGGCGACAAAAAUAAGUAG